AUGGCUACUGUAUCGGAUAGCGCUCCCAAGGGCGGCUUCGCCCUUGUCCUACAGAAUCCUUUCCUCUGUGGUGUCGCUGCGUUUUCAACCCUCGGUGGUCUAUUGUUCGGCUACGACCAAGGUGUCAUCAGCGGUGUUAUAACCAUGGAGUCCUUCGGGGCACGGUAUCCCCGUAUCUACACCGAGAGCGGAUUCAAAGGCUGGUUCGUGUCAACCCUGUUGUUAGCAGCCUGGCUGGGCUCCUUGAUCAACGGUCCUAUUGCCGACCGUAUUGGUCGGAAGCUGUCUAUCAAUCUCGCCGUGGUGGUCUUCACCAUCGGCUCUGUUCUCCAGUGCGCCGCGGUGAACGUGCCGAUGCUAUUCGCCGGUCGUGCCAUUGCCGGCUUGGCUGUUGGUCAAUUGACCAUGGUCGUGCCUCUGUACAUCUCUGAAGUCUCUAUCCCGGAUAUCCGUGGAGGACUGGUGGUUCUGCAGCAAUUAUCUGUCACUCUGGGAAUCUUGUUCAGUUACUGGAUUGACUAUGGAACGAACUACAUCGGCGGGACCCGAUGUGCUCCUGCGGUCCCGUAUUCCGGUGGUACGCUGGCUAAGCCUGCCUUCAACCCUUACUUCGAUGUUCCUUUGGGAGGCUGUACUGGCCAGUCCGAGGCUUCAUGGCGUCUUCCGCUUGCAUUGCAGAUUGUCCCAGCUGUCAUCCUGGGUAUCGGCAUGCUGUUCUUCCCUGAUUCUCCACGGUGGCUGCUGAUGAAGGAGCGUGAUGACGAAUCGCUGAAUGCGCUCUCCAGAUUGCGUAGGCAGUCCCGCGAUAGUCCGGUGCUUCUCAACGAGUAUCUCGAAAUCAAGGCUUCUAUCAUGUUGGAAAACUCAUUUGCGAGGGACAAUUUCCCCAAUUUGUCCGGAUAUAAGCUCCACGCUACUCAGUACAUGUCCUUGCUCACAAACUGGGCCCAUUUCAAACGGCUAUCGAUUGGCUGCAUCGUGAUGUUCUUCCAGCAAUUCAUGGGCUGCAAUGCCAUGAUCUACUACGCACCCACAAUCUUCGCCCAACUCGGUCUGGACGGUAACACCACCUCCCUCCUCGCUACAGGUGUCUACGGCAUCGUCAACUGUCUCAGCACUCUCCCCGCACUCUUCUUCAUCGACAAAGUCGGUCGUCGACCUCUUCUCAUGGCCGGCGCCACGGGUACUUGCAUCUCGCUUGUGAUUGUCGGCGGCAUCUUGGGCGGCUAUGGGUCCUCUCUUGUGGGCAAUGUGUCUGCAGGAUGGGCCGGUAUUGCGUUCAUCUAUAUCUACGAUAUCAACUUCUCCUACUCAUUCGCGCCAAUUGGUUGGGUUCUUCCUUCGGAGAUUUUCAACCUCUCCAUCAGAUCGAAGGCUAUCUCCAUCACGACGUCGGCAACUUGGAUGUGUAACUUCAUCAUUGGCCUCGUCACCCCCGACAUGCUCGAGUCUAUUACCUGGGGCACUUACAUCUUCUUCGCUGCCUUUUGUCUUCUUGCGCUAGCAUUCACCUUCUUCUGUAUUCCCGAGACUCGGGGGAAGACACUCGAAGACAUGGAUCUCAUCUUCGGCGACACAGCCGCCCACGAAGAAAAGAAGCGCAUCAAGCGCAUCGAAGCCGAAUUGCGCGGUACACCCAUCGACGACGACGACCUCAUGAAGCCAGUCGAUUCACACGCGGAAGAAGCUUGA